AAACAGAUGGGAAACCCCCUAAAGCACAUUUUCUUAACGUUAUUUUACUUAAUUAAUGGCUAAAUCUUCCUACAAUGGCUGGUGACCUUUCCUCUGCUGUGGUUGACUAUCUAAAGAGAGCUGGCCGCUCCUGCACUACCCUGGAGAUAGCCAAAGCUGUGGGAAAGCCAAGGAAAGAACUCAACCGGACAAUUUACGAGCUUCAAAGAAAAGGCGUUUUGAUCCGAGUCCAAGAAUCCCCUCCAUUGUGGGAACUGGCUCAGAACAUGAGAGGAGCAAUGAACAGACUCCGAGGGGGUGCUACAAGGAUUGGGCGUGGAAGGGGGCGUGGUCGAUCUCCUACACCACCCACCUCUGCAGGCUAUUCGUUUCAGCACCAGAAGAGCUUCAACUUUCCAGCACCUGUGUCAUCAGUUCCGUUUGGGGCAGUGCACUCGUCUGCAUUCACAAAUACAGGUAACAAGCAAACUUCUCCUGAUAAGCCUGACCUAAAAGCAAAACUGCUAACAGAGUUAUCCAGACACAGCCAGCCACGGACUGCCCUGGAGCUGGCCCAUGCUCUGGGUUUUCCUUCCCGAAGGCACGUUAACCCGACACUCUACGACUUGAAAAGCAAAGGUUUGCUGUCUUCCGACGAACGCAAUGGAGCUCCAAAAUGGUGUCUCACAGAUUCAACCCCUGCAGCUGCAUCACCUAGUAUUGAGGUACCUAGAUCAACUGCUGUGCAAACUGCAAAUGCCUCCCUCCAACAAGACGUCUCACAUCGAGCGCAACUGGUUGUAAAUCGAGAACACACAGUCAGCAGUCAAAUAGAGCCCCAGGCACCUAAUCAACAGCAGAUUGCUACUGGCACAUUAGACUAUCUCAGCAAAGCUAACUCUGCAUGUACCACAUUGGAGCUCUCAAAGGUUGUCAAAGUGCGAAGAGGAGAUAUUGAGCCGGUAUUGAACCAACUCAUGCAGGACGAUUUGAUUGAGCAAACGCAGAAAAUGCCUCCCAGCUGGAGAAUAACACCCUCGGGCCUUGCAGCUACCACGGCCGAUAUAGAUGAUGUAGAGGAGAGAGAUAGUGUCCACAGCAACUUUGAGGACGAUUUAUACAUGGAAGAAGACUCAUCGUGCAACAGUUUGAACAUUGAUUUAUCUCACAUACCUGAGGAGAACAUUGAAGAUCGAUUAAUUGCUAUUUUACAGAGUGACCCUGAGACAGAGAGAACUGAUCUAGAGUUUGCCAAGCUAGCUGGGAGCUCGUACACUCGAGGGCAAAUGAGGCCUGUUCUGGAGGGACUGGCUGUACGGGGUCUGGUGACCAAGUUACCGGGGUUCCCCACCAAAUGGAGAAGGAGGGAGUCUCCUACCAUCUUGAAACAAGACGUGGAGAGGAUGGAUCACUCAGAGUCUCACUUACAGCAGAUUCCUACAGCCGUUACUAUGGUCACACCCACCCCACUCGUUGCUAUGGACACACCCACCCUGCCCAUUGCCAGCGCGGCUGUCACCUCGAUGAUAACAGACAUGAACAGAAACCCAAUGAGCGCACUCAGCGAAUACUGCCAAGCCAACAAAAUAGACUUGAACUUUAUAGAAGUGAGAGAAUGUGGUCCACCUCAUCGAAAGAAAUUCGUGAUGGCUGCAAUUUUUGGUGGAAAAAGUUACGAAGCUGAAGCUACUACUAAGAAAGAAGCCAAACGAAUGGCUGCCGAUCGAGCCCUGCAAGACCUGAACUUGCACCAAGUGUACACACAGAUUCCUGCACAGUCAGCAAGUGGUACAGUACAAGUUGCCAACAUGCCGAGCACAUUUUCUGACAAGAUCGCUCAACUCAGCCAUCACUUUCACACUCAAGUACAGGGCAGCGUGGAUAUACCACAGCCUGGGCGGAAAGUCAUAGCAGCUUUUGUAAUGGAGGACACUGCUACAGAGAAGCUUACCGUCGUGUCAGUGGGCAGUGGUACCAGGUGUAUCACGGGUGAGCAGAUGAGUCUCGAAGGAAUGGUCGUCAACGAUUCUCACGCUGAAGUAAUAGCAAGACGUUCUCUAAUGAGGUAUUUCUACAAGCAGCUCUCUGCUUAUUACCAAGACUCACCAGAUACCAUUUUCACAAAUCAAAUAGACUCAAAUUUGGCAUGUAUUCAAGACAACGUCAAAUUUCACCUCUACAUAAGCACAGCACCGUGUGGAGAUGGAGCACAGUUUUCUCGUGGCGAUGAUUUGAACCGCAACCCCCCUAACCACGACACACACCUCCCCACAAUGACCUCUAAACUUCAAGGAGUCUUACGAACGAAAAUGGAGGGGGGAGAAGGAACUAUUCCGAUUCCGGACGACACAAGACCUCAGACUUGGGAUGGGAUCCAACAAGGCGGACGUUUGCGUACCAUGUCCUGCAGUGAUAAAGUAGCUCGAUGGAACGUGCUUGGAUUGCAAGGAGCACUACUGAGCCACUUCAUGAACCCUGUCUAUAUGUCCUCUCUGACACUGGGUAGCUUGCAUCAUCACGGCCAUUUGUCUCGAGCUGUGUGCUGUCGUUUCAACGAUCUCUCCACUUCUCUGCCACAGAGUUACCAAGUGAAUCAUCCAGCAUUGGGCCGCGUUCAAGGCGGUGAUGAUAUGAGAAGACACACGGAGAAAACGUCGACUUUUAGUCUCAACUGGGCCUUGGGUGAUGAACAAGGGGAACUAAACGACGGGGGAACUGGGAGACCAACUCCUCCCCCUGGAGUGCCGAAAUCUUUCCUGACAACAAUGACCUCUCGAGUCUCAAAAGCUCAAAUUUUCGGGCAAUUUCUUAAAUUGGCAGAACUGGCACAACAAAGAGAGAAUUUUGAGGCGAAGACGUAUAAAGAGUGUAAAGAAAUGGCAGUGGAGUUUCAGGAGGCUAAGAAAGAGCUUUACAAACAUUGUGAGGGGCGGGGCUACGGAAUGUGGAUGAGGAAACCUCUGGAACAGGAACAGUUUGACAGCCGAGUGUUGGAACUCAUUAACACAGCUCGUACUAGUUAGUCAUGUAGUACUGCAUGGUUUGUAUUACAUGAACAUCUUUGUGUUUUGUUGGCUUUUGUACUCAUUUUGAUAUUUCUACAUAAUUAUUAUAAUUAUGUAAUCACCGAAGUUGAAAGCUGAGUAUAUUAAUA